CUCAAACGAACCAAAUCCAGCCUCAGAAGCACCUAGUCUAGCACCUAUCCUGUUCUUUGUUGUGGCGUUGUAUCGAGUUCCGGGUAACCUUGUUGGCUGUGAAUGAUAAUUGGUAUCCGUUUCGCUACGACAAACGCCGGAGCGAUAAAGCCUCUUAUCAAAACGGGCGUCAUUCAGACACAACUCCACCUCAACUACAACAUAACCUCCAACCCCGCCACUCUUUCAACUCUCCAGCGUUACCUCCCACCAUUUCGAGAACUAUCAACUUUCUGCAUACUCUUCGAUAAGCAUACCAAACUUCCCCUUCGGACCACCGAAACCCCCUCCAAAAAGAACCGCAACGAUGUCCAGCCCAAGACGCCGGAUCGAGACUGAUGUGAGUGAAAGAACACAUGGAAUCUGCGAGUGUAAGAGGCUGACUGGAGGCUCUCUCUUUGCAGGUCAUGAAGUAUGUUGUACCCCAAGUUUUCUGGCAUAAGCAUUUUGCUAAUUAAUCUAGGAUGUAUGCACUCUGGAAGUCCUUCAACUUCCCCCAUGUACUUACCCCGCCACAGGCUCAUGAGUGACUAUGAAGUUACUUUGGUCAACGACAAUAGUAGGUUUAUACUCCCAAGCUACAUUUCGACUCUCGCUAACAAUUCUCUCCCUAGUGUAUGAGUCUCCCUUUCCAUAAACGACGACGACAUGUUCAUGAUGAAAUCACAGGCAGGAAUUCUACGUUCGAUUCAAGGGUCCCGAGGAGAGUAUGUGGACUCUGGCAGAAAAUAUAAGGACAUACAGACUGAUACAUGGACAGCUCCCUUUCAAGGCGGAUGCUGGAAAGUCCACGUCGAACUCCCAGAUCAAUACCCAUACAAAUCGCCCAGCAUCGGCUUCGUCAACCGCAUUUUCCACCCCAACAUUGAUGAGUUGUAUGGCUUUUCCCCAGCGUAUGAAGGCCCUCUAAUAGUAUAAAAUUCUAGGUCCGGAUCUGUCUGUCUCGAUGUCAUUAAUCAGACCUGGUCGGCUAUGUUCGACAUGAUCAAUAUCUUCGAAGUCUUCCUUCCACAACUUCUUCGAUACCCAAACCCUACGGAUCCUUUGAACGGAGAGGCGGCGGCUUUGUUGAUGCGAGAACCAAAGAGCUAUGAUGCUAAGGUCAAGGGUGGGUGAUAUGGUGUUCCAAAUUACUGGAGUGGAAGUUAAUGGGGUGAUAGAGUACGUGGUCAAAUACGCCAGUAAGGACGCAGCGGACGAGGCCGGAGCGGAAUCGGACGACGACGACGAUAUGUCCUCAGUCGGGAGUUUCGGCGACGAGGAUGACGAACCAGCCGGCACGAUGGAGGAAGUAUGA